CUGGUCUCUCCAGUGAACAGAUCCAAGACUAUAUGGACCAGCUCCCUAACAACAAGAUCCCUGCCAUUGGCUCUCCGGGGGAGAGAUACAGGGACCUCCAGCUUAUCCGACAGCUGCCCAAACAGGACUUGGCUGUUACCUACAACAUCAUGCUGGCUAACGCUACAGAGAAGAAAGAGUAUAAGAUCUUCCAGGAGCUCCGUGACAACAUCGCCAUGGAUAUAGGUCUUGUCAAAGAGACUCCUGUCUUAACGGUGUGUUACCUGUGUAAAGGUGAGAUGGAAGAGGGGGACCUGGCGGUGUAUGCCAGUAAGAUGGGCCAGAACGUGUGCUGGCACCCAGCCUGUUUUGUUUGUGUCCAGUGUGAAGAAUUACUGGUUGAUCUGGUCCAUUGUCUACACAGUAAAAAGCUCUACUGCCAACGACACUAUGCAGAACUCAUUCGCCCCCGGUGUCCUGCCUGUGAUGAGUUGAUAUUUUCUGGGGAAUAUACGAAGGCCAUGGAGCAGAACUACCACAAAGAUCACCUGGCUUGCCAUAACUGUGAUAAGAAGCUGAUUGCUUGUCGCUACAUCCUCAAAGAGGAGAACCCCUACUGCAUCCCCUGUUACCAGGAGCAGUUCGCUCACAACUGUGAGGAGUGCAAGAAGCCCAUUGGUCCUGACUACAAGGACCUGUCGUACAAGGAUCGCCACUGGCACGAGUUUUGUUUCAAGUGUUUUGAGUGCCAGAAAACCUUGGUUGACCAACCGUUUGCUCCAAAAAAUGAGAACAUCUUCUGCUCCGAAUGUCAUGAUGAUAAGUUCGCUGCACGCUGUGAUGGAUGUGAAAAACCGUUCAGGGGAGGAGAUGAAAGUACAGGAACCCCAGGCAUGAAGAAGUUUGAGUACCGCGGUAAACAGUGGCAUGAGGAGUGCUUCUGCUGCAUGGUGUGCAAGGAGCCAAUCAGGAACAAGAGCUUCAUCCCACGCGACCAGGAGGUGGUGUGCGUGCCCUGCUACGAGGAUCAGUUCGCACAGAAGUGUAGCAAAUGCAGUGGAGUAAUCAACAAAGGAGGUGUGGCCUACAAGAACCAGCCAUGGCACAAGGAGUGUUUCACUUGUACCAACUGUAACAAGGAGUUGGCGAAGGAGAAGUUCACCUCACGUGAAGAGAAGCCCUACUGUGCUGCCUGCUAUGGUGAUCUCUUCGCCAAGAAGUGCUGCAGAUGUUCCAAUGCCAUCACAGGCUUUGGGGGAACUAAGUUCAUCUCUUUCGAAGAUCGCAACUGGCACAGCGACUGUUUCGUGUGCAGCAAGUGCGAAGCCUCCAUGGUUGGGCGUGGUUUCCUGAUGAACGAGGGGAGUGUGCUUUGUCCUGAGUGUGGACGCAGUUAAAGACCUCAAUGCUGAUGAUAAUAUUAUGUUCUGCUGUAAGCCUGUGUCCGGUUAUAGUGAGGGUGAUCCGGGGCAGGAGACAGUUUGACAUAUGUGGGCAGAUCCUUAGAUGUAAAAAAAUCCUUACAAAUAAAUGUAAACAUAAUGAGCUAUCACAGGCUGCUCAGUGACCAUAGAGUUUUGUGAGAAUUUAUGUAAGAAAUAUGACAAAUAUUUGUGAGAAUUGUAUACCUGACUGAGGAAGUAAGGAUCUGUGACCAGGAUUUUUUUUAUAGGACAAUGGAUUAGGUUUUAUUAACAGAGAUAUACAGAAACCUGAUCUGUGGCCCCAGUAUCGGGACUGCGUCCUGCCCUGCUGUGGCCCCAGUAUCGGGACUGCGUCCUGCCCUGAUCUGGCCCCAGUAUCGGGACUGCGUCCUGCCCUGAUCUGGCCCCAGUAUCGGGACUGCGUCCUGCCCUGAUCUGGCCCCAGGAUCGGGACUGCGUCCUGCCCUGGUCUGCUCUCACUGUUACACUGUUAGUACCAAGACAUGCCUUUGUGUGGUUUUGCAACUGAGGAGUGUAAAGGUGACACACCCCAUAAUACUGUCCAGUUUUGAGAUUGAUAUUAUAACUGAUAAUCCUAACAUAGUUAACGCCUCGUUUGUGAGUUUUACGAUAUUUUAGAACUAAGCUGACAUUAGCAGACUGCUGUUGAUACAUGUACAUUAUGUAUACUCUCAAAUGUUAUAUUAUUCUUGAUAGAAUUUUAUUAUCUUCCUAUUUAUCAUAUUUAUAUGAAGUUAGACUGCCAUCGUUUUACCGACAACAGAAAUUUAAAUGACAAUGAAAAGACAUUUAAAAGUAGAGAAAGAGAGAAAUUGUUUGAGUACAUUGUAUUUGAAGUUGUACCACAUGCAUUUUUCUCCAUUAUGGAAAAGUAUGCAAAAUGGAAUUUAAAUCUGUUUAAACCGUAUAUGCUGUGUUUGUUGAAAUUUGUGAGAAUUUUUAUGUCCUCUCACACAACUGAAAAUCUCUUUUAUCAUGGUAUUUCUCUUAUUACGUUUUAUCGAGUCAGGAGACAUUUGUUUUUAUUAAUUUACUCAUAAUAUUAAUGAUUUUUUGUGUUCAUUGUCUUAAAUAUGUUUUUAAAAAGUGAGAAGAAAAAAAAUUGUAAAAUUCAUAAUUUUAAAAAUGGAAAUUUGAAAUAAUUUGCCUUGACGUCACCCGGCGUUUGGCUGGGCUUUACAGCAUCUGAAGACAGGAUGUUGGUCUGUGUUAGAAUAGAUUACACAGCCUGUAGAUUGUACGUAACUUAAGGUGUUCCUGACUCAAAGAUGGUAUUCAUAUGCAUCACUGCCAACAACAUUGCAAUAUCUAUGUACGUACGACCAUAUGUAUCCAGCCAGUAUUUAUAUGCCUUACAGUAAUGAACACUUGUACAGCAUUAAAACUUGUCAUGUGCUUUCUGAAUGAGCUGUUUGUAAUUUCUGAUUGCAGUUAUUUUAGUCUAAAUAGUACGCAGAUGGAACGGUGAGUCUGAAGAACAUAGACAGAAUCAAUUCAGAAAUCAGUGUUUAAAUAAAAGUCAUAAGAUGUACAUAAUAUAUAAAAACAAUAGCUCAACAUGUAAGGGGAAACAUUCAGUCAAAACACUGUUUAUAAAGAUGAAAGUCAUUGAGAAAUCUUUCAUGUUCAAGAUCAUCGCUCAGAAUUUACAAAGCAGAGCUCGAGUGAAAUUUUAACCACCUGAAUAGCCAUUGUAUGUGCACCUGAGCAUAGCAUAUCAAAACCCUGUAUCCAAGAUGUACACAUAAUGCCACUCUUAUUAAAGGGAGAUAAUAAUAAUUAUAUUAUUUAUGGAUUGAAUCUUUUAUGGAGAUGUUUCCUAUUGAAACCAGAGUUUAAGGGCAUUCCGUGUGGUAUAUAUUUAUCCUCUUAUAACCAGAAGUGUUUAACAUCCAUGUUCCUGGGAAUCAAAAGUCAAACAAAAACACAAUUCCUCCCCUUUGAGUGAAUCAACACAUAUUUCAUCAGAGUAUAUAUAACUAAUGAUGUUUAAUUUAUCUAGGCUACUAAUGUUUGUAAGUGAAAUGUUUGCCCUGCCAUUGUUAGCUUUUCCUACAUCCAUUCUUUCCUGCAAUAGCUAUAAGACCCCUUCCUACGUAAAAACUCACAACUCCUCUGUUUCUUCGCUUCCUGACUACUGUCCAUUGUACACCUUCAAACUUUGUGCUCCAUAGUUGUGUUGUUAUUCUUCAUUAAAAAGAUCUUAUCUCUCCCCAGACUUAUUAUCUGCCUGCCUGGAUAUUACCCCUCUCAUCCCUUUAUUCAAAACAUUUGUCCUUGACCUUCCUACCCCUUUCCUUUCCCACACUCCUGCACACUCUGCUCUGUGUAAAAGUAUUGCCAAAAUAUAUUUAACACCACAUAGAGGCAGAAAAUCUUUAAUGCUUUUGCAAGAUUUUUUUGUCAUUAGAAACUCGUAUGCAAAUUGUAAAUACAUAAAAAUGUUUGUUUUUCCCAUGCUGUGUCAUCUGUUGUCACGGUGACCUUUUUAUUGGAUGUUGUUGAAUGUUUAUGUCUGUUUUGUAUUUUCUUUGUUAAUGAGGUGACAACAUUAAAACGUUAUUGUGUAAAUAGAUAGUAUAUCAAGUUAUCUAAAUAUACAUGUAGUCUAUUGAUUAUUUAUCAGUAUAUCAAGUUAUCUAAAUAUGCAAAUAGUCUAUUGAUUAUUUAUCAGAAAAUACCUUAGAUGUGAUAUCGUAGCCACUUUGUUGUCCCCUCAGAAAACCCAAUAGAGCAGGUCAAAUUUGUACUGAAAAGUAGAUUUAAUUACAGUGAUUAACAGUGUAUAUGUAGAUAGAUUCAAAAGUCUUUGUUAGUAUAGUAAAAAAGUAUGGUUCGCAGUACAAUUCUACUGUGAGAGAUUGGACGGCUUAGUAUAGUAAAAAAGUACGGUUCGCAGUACAAUUCUACUGUGAGAGAUUGGACUCUACUGUGAGAGAUUGGACUCUACUGUGAGAGAUUGGACUCUACUGGGAGAGAUUGGACUCUACUGGGAGAGAUUGGACUCUACUGGGAGAGAUUGGACUCUACUGUGAGAGAUUGAACUCUACUGUGAGAGAUUGGACUCUACUGGGAGAGAUUGGACUCUACUGUGAGAGAUUGGACUCUACUGUGAGAGAUUGGACUCUACUGUGAGAGAUUGGACUCUACUGUGAGAGAUUGGACUCUACUGUGAGAGAUUGGACUCUACUGUGAGAGAUUGGACUCUACUGUGAGAGAUUGGACUCUACUGUGAGAGAUUGGACUCUACUGUGAGAGAUUGGACUCUACUGUGAGAGAUUGGACUCUACUGUGAGAGAUUGGACUCUACUGUGAGAGAUUGGACUCUACUGUGAGAGAUUGGACUCUACUGUGAGAGAUUGGACUCUACUGUGAGAGAUUGGACUCUACUGUGAGAGAUUGGACUCUACUGUGAGAGAUUGGACUCUACUGUGAGAGAUUGGACUCUACUGUGAGAGAUUGGACUCUACUGUGAGAGAUUGGACUCUACUGUGAGAGAUUGGACUCUACUGUGAGAGACUGGACUCUACUGUGAGAGAUUGGACUCUACUGUGAGAGAUUGGACUCUACUGUGAGAGAUUGAACUCUAUACUGGGAGAGAUUGGACUCUACUGUGAGAGAUUGGACUCUACUGUGAGAGAUUGAACUCUAUACUGUGUUUGAAAUUUAAUUGUAUGGUUUGUUAACGCUAAUUUAAAACAUUUAUCUGCUUGACUGAGUUUCAAUUAUUGCUGAGUCAGCAAAUUUGUAAGUUGUCAACUUGUGGUUUUAUUUACAAUGUAUAUAAGAAAAGAAUUUAAUAAAUGAAAUAUUUAAGAGUCAAAAUAGUCAUUAUACAUGUGUUACCUUAGAUAGGUAUUUAUUUUUCAAUUUUGUGUUUUAAAUGUGUCAAGUUUUAUGUAUUUGUCAUCUUGAAACUAUUUCUAUACUGAAGUGGAAUGAAGUGUUUGUGAAAAGGAAAAGAAUAGGAAGAGAAACAAGCAGAUGUGAUAUUUAAAUGCGUACAUUUGCGAAAGUAAAGACAUUUAUAUAAGACGAUGGAUAGUAUUCAGUGAUGACGGUAAUGGUUCGUCUCCAUCAUUUGUAGUUAUACUAAGGAAUGUUUAACAUAUAAAAUUGCAUGGUUGACACUAGUGUGUUUUCUAUAUCUGGUAAAAGAUGGUGUGAAAACUGCCAUUCCUCAAAAAACUCAGAUGUUAUUUUCACGUGUAAAAACAAAAUUAGUUUUACAGCUACGUGGCUGCAUGCCUGAUCUGAAGCCGUAGAGAUUAUUUGAUAUUUUUGUUUGAUUUAUAUCUGGGUACUUCAUGUAGCGGUUACUGUUUAGAUGUGUAAAAAGAAGGAUAUGCUUUCUGCAAUCUUGGUCAUCAUAGGGAAGCAAACAUCCCUGAGAAGUUGUUUAUGUUUUUGACAAAAAUGUCACCACGGUGACACAUAUAUAUCAAUGGCAAUAAUUCUGUUAAAAAGCUUCUUAUUAGGAUGCAAUAUACACAUGAACAGUCAUUUCUGACAUAAUUUAAAUAAGUGAAGAGUUAAAAAAAUAAAAUAAGUUUUAUGUAUUGAACAGAAAUUGUAAGAAAUUGAGUUAAGAAAAGAUUGUACAAAAUGUGUGUGUUGAGCAUAGCCUUGUUUGCAGCCUAUGUGUCUAUUCUACAGGUAUGCAGACUCCAAUACUUGUCCUGAUAGAAUCUCAGACAUCGUUAGUUAUUAUAGAAGAUGCAGUACUGCCAAGGUAUAGUGUUUGUCCUGAGUUAAACACUGUGAUAAUCUAGCCGAGUUAUAUAUGUAUGUCCUAGAUAAUUUUCUUCACUAUAGUUUAGCGAGUGUUGUUAUAUUAUCAUCCUUGUAACAUGAAUCUUGCCAUUUUAGUCCCUAAUCUUCCAAUAGAGUGUCAUUGCAAAAAAUGGACCCAGAGCUCAGAUUUAACAAAAAGGUAUUCAAUUUGAAUGACGGAAGAUAAGUGGUGAUGAACAAAGUUUCGGAAUGCAGGAUUCACUUUACUUGGACUGUUUGAACUAUUGCCUUGGCGAGACACACAGGGAGAUCCAGCCUACAUAAUCAAGGUUCUGGCUCCAUCUCAUGUAUAGGGAGCUUGUGUACAAUGUACCUGGAUCUGUAAAUGACUAAGGUUGUAGGUUAAUGUAAGUCAGGAUGUGAUAUGCUGAUGGGUUCAUUUUGAGUUGGCGAUAUACCCUUAUCCUGGGACAGUGAGAUUUAUUCAUUGUCCCUAUGACCGGGUCUGUGGAGGGUAAGGUUCAGUGAUUGAGGUACUGGUCUGGCUGAGGUGAUAUAACACUGCCCCCCACCCCUGGGUUCUGGCUGAGGUGAUAUACCUCUCCCUCCACCCAACCACCCCUGGUACGAGUGUGGAUGAGGUGAUAUGGUACCUGUAUAGGCUUGGUAGCCCUGUGUGACUGUAUGUGUGGUGUUGGGUCUAUAGAUCUAGACAAGAGAGUUAAACCUAACAUACAGUAUUUAUUGUCCACCCGACUAGACACGGUGGUCGUUAACUCAAUAAACAUUGCUUGCAUAUUAA